CUGAAUCACUGUUCAGUGUUCAGUGGCGCCCCCCUACCACUCUCCCUGACCUCGCGGCCGCCCCACCCGCAAUAAGAGGAAGAAAAGCUUAUCAGGAUUGCACGGCGAUUCCCCACCUCCCGCGCCACGCCGCGCCGCCAUGGCCACCACCGCCCUCCUCCUCCGCGCCCACCCCUCCUGCAAGCCCCCUCCCCCUCCCUCGCCGUCGCCGCGCCCCACGCGCGCGCUCGUCUGCCGCGCCGCCGCCGCCGGCGAGGCGCUGCGGUCGCUGGCCCCGCCGUCACGCCCCGAGCUGCUCUCCCUCGACCUCCCCCGCUACGACCCCGCCCGCUCCACCCCCGUCGACCUCGCCGUCGUCGGCGGCGGCCCCGCCGGCCUCGCCGUCGCGCAGCGCGUCGCGGAGGCGGGCCUCUCCGUCUGCGCCAUCGACCCCUCCCCCGCCCUCGUCUGGCCCAACAACUACGGCGUCUGGGUCGACGAGUUCGACGCCAUGGGACUCUCCCACUGCCUCGACGCCGUCUGGCCCUCCGCCACCGUCUUCACCCACGACGACGGCGCCGCCAAGUCGCUCCACCGCCCCUACGCCCGCGUCGCCCGCCGCAAGCUCAAGUCCACCAUGAUGGACCGCUGCGUCGCCCAUGGCGUCACGUUCCACAAGGCCAGGGUCGUCAAGGCCGUCCACGGCGAGGCAUCCUCCCUCCUCAUCUGCGACGACGGCGUCGCCGUCCCGGCCACCGUCGUGCUCGACGCCACGGGGUUCUCCCGGUGCCUCGUCCAGUACGACAAGCCGUACGACCCGGGGUACCAGGUCGCCUAUGGCAUCCUCGCCGAGGUGGACGGACACCCGUUCGACAUCGACAAGAUGCUGUUCAUGGACUGGCGCGACGCGCACCUCCCCGAGGGGUCCGAGAUCAGGGAGCGCAACCGCCGCAUCCCGACGUUCCUCUACGCCAUGCCCUUCUCCCCGACGAGGAUCUUCCUCGAGGAGACCUCCCUCGUGGCGCGCCCGGGCCUCGCCAUGGACGACAUCCAGGAGCGCAUGGCGGCGAGGCUGCGCCACCUCGGGAUACGCGUCCGCGCCGUGGAGGAGGACGAGCGGUGCGUCAUCCCCAUGGGCGGCCCGCUCCCGGUGCUCCCGCAGCGGGUCGUCGGCAUCGGCGGCACCGCCGGGAUGGUGCACCCGUCCACGGGCUACAUGGUGGCGCGCACCCUCGCCACUGCGCCCAUCGUGGCGGACGCCAUCGUGCGCUUCCUCGACACCGGCAGCGGCGACAGCGCGUUCGCCGGCGACGCGCUGUCGGCGGAGGUGUGGAGGGAGCUGUGGCCGGCGCAGAGGAGGAGGCAGAGGGAGUUCUUCUGCUUCGGCAUGGACAUCCUCCUCAAGCUCGACCUCGACGGCACGCGGCGAUUCUUCGACGCCUUCUUCGACCUGGAGCCGCGCUACUGGCACGGCUUCCUGUCGUCGAGGCUCUUCUUGCCGGAGCUCGCCAUGUUCGGCCUCUCCCUCUUCGCCAAGGCCUCCAACACGUCGCGCCUCGAGAUCAUGGCCAAGGGCACCGCCCCUCUCGCCAAGAUGAUCGGCAACCUCAUCCAGGACAGAGAUAGGUGAGAUUUGCAAAGAUGAGAACACCAUUAGCAGCAGCAAGCUAGGAGACAAUCCAUCCAGGAGAUGAAGUGUGUGAGUUGAGUAACAAUUGCUGCUGCAAAACACACUCUUUUUUAAGCCUGGUGAUUACAAAAUUUGAGCUGUAUAGUUCAUAUUUGAGGUAUGAUGAUGUGCCUCUCAAUGUACUGUAUAAAUGUCAUGAUGUCAAACACACAGAUCAAUAUUUCCCCAGACAUAUGGUAAAAUUUUCACCUACAUA